CCAUUCAAUGCAAUUUUUUUGCACUUUGCGACACGUGUAAAGAUUUAUACAACUCACCUGCCCAUCGAGAUGCGUCCAAUGCUGAAUAUCCUCACCGCUCGGUCGCAGUUGAUGAGUUUGGCGAAAAUUAUGAACAAAAAUCCACCCAAUAGAUUGAUUUUCACAUCGCUUACCAUUGAACAGAAGCGCCGGCAGAAGAUGGAACAGAAGGCCAAGGAGAAGGCGGAAAAGGCAGCCGCUGCGCCUGCAGUGAAGAAACCUGAGAAGGUGAAUGAGGAGGAAAUCUCUCCGAAUGAGUACUUCAAGCUCAGGACAGCGGCUGUGGCGGAACUGAAGCAGCGCCCAGAGACUGAUCCCUAUCCUCACAAGUUUCACGUGAGCAUCUCUCUGGAGGAGUUUAUUGAGAAGUACUCCAAUCUCACGGACGGAGAAGUACUGGAGGAUGUGCAGUUGAGCGUGGCUGGAAGGGUGCAUGCCAUCCGCGAAUCUGGCGCCAAACUCAUUUUCUUCGACUUGCGAGGUGAAGGCGUGAAGCUUCAGGUGAUGGCCAAUGCAAAGAUGUAUGAGAAUGAGCAGGACUUUGCGGAGGAGACGGGAAGAGUCAGGCGAGGAGAUAUUAUUGGGGUGAAUGGAUGCCCUGGAAAGACUAAGAAGGGCGAACUGUCCAUCAUGCCCAAGCGGGUGAAGCUGCUCUCUCCGUGUCUUCAUAUGCUGCCUCACAUGCACUUUGGGCUCAAGGACAAGGAGACACGCUUCCGACAGCGAUAUUUGGAUCUGAUUCUGAACAAUCGUGUGCGUCAGAUCUUCUACACUCGCGCCAAGAUUGUCUCCUACAUCCGGCAGUUCUUCGAUAGUCAGGGCUUCCUGGAAGUGGAGACGCCUAUGAUGAAUAUGAUCGCGGGUGGAGCCACAGCGAAGCCUUUCGUGACGCAUCACAAUGAGCUGAACAUGGAUCUCUACAUGAGGAUUGCUCCUGAACUGUACCACAAGAUGCUGAUUGUUGGUGGUCUGGACAGGGUGUAUGAGAUUGGCAGGCAGUUUCGAAAUGAGGGCAUCGAUCUCACGCAUAAUCCAGAAUUCACAACGUGUGAAUUUUAUAUGGCGUACGCGGACUAUAAUGAUUUGAUUGAGAUCACGGAGAAGCUUGUGUCUGGGAUGGUGAAGUCCAUCUUCGGCGGCUACAAAGUCAAGUACCAUCCGAAUGGAGCAGAGGGAGAAGAGCUGGAAAUCGAUUUCACGCCCCCAUUCAGGCGAAUCUCUAUGAUAUCGAGUCUUGAGGAGGUGCUAAAGGAGAAAUUCCCAGCCGCUAAUACUUUCGCCACACCGGAAACCAACAACUUCCUGAGUCGCCUGUGCGAGAAGCAUCAGGUUGAGUGUCCAGCGCCUAGGACGUCGGCUCGUCUGCUGGAUAAACUCGUGGGCGAGUUCCUCGAGGAGAAGUGCAUCAAUCCGACUUUCAUCUGUGACCAUCCGCAGAUCAUGAGCCCACUGGCGAAGUACCACAGGGCGCAGAAGGGUCUCACGGAGCGCUUUGAGCUGUUCAUAAUGAAGAAGGAGGUCUGCAAUGCGUACACGGAAUUGAACGAUCCGCUGGUACAGCGCGAGAGAUUCGCCCAGCAGGCCAACGACAAGGCGGCGGGAGACGAUGAGGCUCAACUUGUGGACGAGAACUUCUGCACGGCCCUGGAAUACGGAAUGCCACCGACGGGAGGAUGGGGCAUGGGCAUUGACAGGCUAGCGAUGUUCCUCACAGACUCCAAUAACAUCAAGGAGGUUCUCUUCUUCCCGGCAAUGAAGCCAGACGAUCCCAAUAAGGGUGCUCAGAACGCUGAGGAGGCCGCCAAGGAGGAGCAAAAGCAGUAGAUUUGAUCUCAUCAGCCGUAACUUAUUUCAAAUGUAUUCCCGAGUGAUUCCUGCGGUUGUAUCUUUGUCCGGAUGAUGAGCCAAUAAGACGAUUACUGCGUAGUUGCUUGAGAAACAUCACAA